CUGGCUGUUGGGGUUUAAGUCGGGAUUUGGUCUUCCAGUUCCAGUUGCUUUCGUCUACUUCGUCUUUGUACCCGCUAAUCGAGCCAUCAUUCUGUUUUAUGAACAUCGGAAAAUUUGCUCGCUCUCUCUCUCCCUCUCUCUCACUACUUUCUGAUUCAUGUUGCCUAGUAUUUUCGUACUUGAUGACGUGAUUUGUUCGAAUCGGAUACCAGUUUUCUCCUUGAGUUCGCAUCUGAGCAACACUGUUAGUCUCAGCUUGGCAGUUCAGCAGCUACUGCCAGCUGCUAGCUGAAGAAAGAUAUAUAUGGAGAUUGACUUUCCUGAUGAAAGAGAUGGAAGCACACCCAAGACAGAGGAAAGUGGUUCUCUAUUGAGGCUGGUUUUACCUGAGGAGUCUGGUGAGGGUUUGCCAUAUGCUCCUGUAAACUGGCCCAACCCAGGUGAUGUAUGGAGUUGGAGGGUGGGUAGAAGAGUUGCCACUACGGGAUAUUAUAAGGACAGGUACCUAUUUCUUCCGAGGCGCCUUAGACAUCUCGAGAACUCGACGCGUGGAAAAUAUGGUUUUGCAAGCAAACUUUCUGUUGAGCAAUUUGUCCGAACAAAAUUCCCUGGCGCUGACAUUAAUGCAUUUUUGGCCUCAUUCAGCUGGAAGAUCCCAGCAAAGAAGUCGGCAUUAACAAAUGGUCAUGUGAAGGAGCAUCAUUUCUUUACUGUACCUUUUGAAGGGAUGCCAGAAUAUGAUGUGUCUGAUUCCCAGACCGACACCAUGGGAUGUAAGGCUGGGAAUAAGAUGUGCAGCAGUAUCUUGGAACCACUGGAGAAGCCACCUUUAGCAGCCAUGCCCUGUGAUCUUUGCUGCAGCGAACCUCGAUUCUGCCUUGAUUGUUGUUGUAUCUUCUGCAGCAAGACUAUAAAUUUAGACUAUGGUGGCUACAGUUACAUCAAAUGUGAAGCAGUGGUGGAUGAGGGUUAUAUAUGUGCGCAUAUUGCUCAUAUUGAUUGUGCCCUUCGAUGUUACAUGGCUGGGACAGUAGGAGGAAGCAUUGGAUUGGAUGCUGAGUAUUAUUGCCGUCGUUGUGAUGCUAGAACUGAUCUGGUUCCACAUGCUACAAGGCUUUUACAAACAUGUGCAUCUAUUGAUUUCCGGGAUGAUGUGGAGAAGAUUUUAGGUGUUGGCAUCUGCAUUUUGCGUGGUUCACAGAAAACCAGUGCAAUGCGGUUGUUGCAUCGCUUUGAGUUGGCCAUUGCAAAGCUCAAAAAUGGGGCUCCUCUUGAAGGUAUCUGGAAAGUGGAUGAUAACUUCUUAGCUAUUUCUGAAGGUGCCUUGGGCCAUGGAAAUGCUCCCCUGGCAGUUCCAAAUAGCCAAGACUCUUUAGAUGUCACCAGGAGCUCGGAGCACACUUUACUAGUAGAUUUUGACCCUUGGACACAGUCCCUAAAGCUUGAAGAUGAGAUUGACCAUGUUCUGCUGGCACUGCAGAAGUCACAGGAGUCCGAAUAUAAAAUCGCAGAGGAAACGCUUCAUGCACAGAAGAACUAUCUUCUUAGUCUGUAUCAGCAACUCGAGAGUGAGAAGUCUGAUCUGUCAUGCCGUGUAUCAUCUGUUGAACCAGACAGCUUUAUGGACUGUGUCAUGAAUAGGGUAGAGCAGAUAAAACGGGAACUCAAUAAAUUCAAGGAUAUGGGAAAAGUUGCCAACGGUUUUGGGAGGACUUCUAAAGGAUUCCUGAGGGAACACUUUGGUUUGGAAAAUGAACUAAAACCAUAGUGCCAUACAGUUCAACAUUUGUUCAUCAAAUUUUGGUCUUGGACCGUGUUCAUCCUUAGUUGAUUCACGUGUAUAUCUGCAGACAGACAUGCAUUCUAUGUUGUCUCAGUCGGAUACUGGUAGAAUUUGCCUGUGUGCCUUUGAAAAACUUUGGCUCAGCACACAAAAGGGAUAAAAAUUUAGCCGUGUAAAGAACUAGCUACCCUGAUGCUGAAAUCAAACAGCUGAGGUUCAGUGGAAAAACUGUGGAAGAAUUGACAAAGGUAUUGUGAAGUAAUUUAGUGGAGCAUGUUGAAGGAUCA